GAUGGGACAGUAGAAAGUGAAAAGAUCACAAGGACACAAUCUAAGUACAUUGAUGUCAUGCCUGGUGAUCAGGCUGUUAUGAACUGGACAUGGUGCAUCGCAGUGAACAGCUCAAUAACGGGCAUCAUUGUGUACAGAGUGACUCGUGAAAACUCACAAAUAACGAAUCGUGUGGUAUUGUCAAUGGAUGGGUCAAAGAAAGUACAUUAUCGCCAAGACAAUUCAAGGCAUGAACUUUACACUGUAGAAAUUGAGCCAAGUCUACAAGAAAAGGCAGUUUUUACUAUCAAUAACGUAAGCAAAUUGGAUGAUGGGGAAUACAGCCUGCAUGUUCGAAGAGUGGGAUAUCGUGAUCUUCAUAAUGAAAUCAACGUAAUUGUUAUUACUGACGAACCAACAGUCGCACUCCGUCGUUUGCGAGCAACAUCAAGAACACAAGGAAAAAAUUUUGUGCAUAUUUUGCUGGAUGAAAUGCAGGAAGCGUGGAAACAAAGCUGGAAGCUCCGAUCAGGAUUUCCUGGUGCAUGA